CAGCCGCACCGCUGCUCCAAAGCGUUGCGCUUCCGUGGGAAUACGCAGAAGCUUAUCAGCACUUCGCAGCGGCGCGUGCUCUCGUCUCGCAGGCAGCGCUGCGCCAGGGCGACCUCGCACGGCUGCGGGCCAGAGGCAUCAGAGCAGCCGCGGCUCCAGUCUCAUCUCUCGCUCCGCUCCGACGCCGACACGCCGAGAAGCCGCCACAUGGCACGCCAGAGCGCUGUGUGGAUUGUGACUGUGGUGUUGCUGGUUUUGGCAGCGAUUUCUGAUGCGUCGGAAGAGUCAACAUCUCAAGCCGCAGACGGGGCGCAGCCGCAACGCGAGAUCACAAACGUGUGCUCAGCGGCGACGCCCUCCGGCUGGCAUCUGCCCUACCCGGGCGACUGCUCCCUGUUCGUCAAGUGUGAGCCAGUUCUGUGGGGCGCCGCCACCGCCGCGGCCGCCGUCUUUCGCUGCCCAGCGCCGCUGCAUUUCAACCCACGCGCGCAGGUGUGCGACUGGCCGCGAAGCGCCGGCUGCGACGACGACGACGUCAUCGGCAUAGAAGGCUCUGGAUACGGGGCGGAGAUGCUGCCGUAGAACAGCGCUGCACUUGAGCCCGCGUAUUCAGAUGCGCAAUUGGUGGCGAAGUGCCGCCUGGGACCACAGCAUCCUCGAAGCAGAAGGCUCUGUAUCUGGCGAGAAGAUAGUGCCAUAGAUAACUGCUGUACCCAGGUGUGCAAUUGGUGGCGAUGCGCCUUCUGGGACCACGGCAUCCUCGAUACAGAAAGGUCUGUGUGCGGCGGGGAGAUACUGCCACAGAAUUCGCUGUCCUUCAGACCACGUGCUCAUGUGUGCAAUCGGUUUCGAAGUAUCCCCUGGGACGACAACGUCCUCGAUGCAGAAGUCUCUGGAUCCUCGCGGAGAUACUGUAAUAGAUCACCGCUGCACUUCAACCCACGCGCACAGGGGUGUAUCUGGCUUUGAAGUUCUCGCUACAACCUAAAAAUCCUCGACGCAGAAAGCAGUUGAUACGGGGCGGAGAUGCUGCCGUAGAACACCGCUGCACUUCUGCCCACGUAUUCAGGUGCGCAAUUGGUCGCGAAGUGCCGCCUGGGACCACAACAUCCUCGAAGCAGAAGGCUCUGUAUCUGGCGAGGAGAUAGUGCCAUAGAUACCUUCUGUACUUGAACUCAUGUGCUCAGGUGUGUCUUUGGUCGCGAAGCCCCAUCUGUGACCACAACAUCCUCGAAGAAAGAAAGGUCUGUAUGCGGCGCGGAGAUACUGCCACAGAAUUGGCUGUCAUUUAACUACGUGCUCAUGUGUGCAAUUGUGCAAUGUGUGCAAUUUCGAAGUGUCGGCUACGACGACAAAGUCCUCGACGCAGAAGUCUCUGGAUACAAGGGGGAGAUACUGCAAUAGAACACCGCUGCACUUCAACCCACGUGACUAGUUGUGCAACUGCGAAUCAUCGGCUGGGACCACAACAUCCCCGAUGCAGAAGUCUCUAUAUCCGCGGCAGAGGUGUCGGGGAACACCGCUCAACUUCAAUCCCACGCGCGCAGGGGUGCUUUGAAGUGCUGGUUACAGCCGAAACAUCCUCGACGCAGAAGGCAGUGGAUUCAGGGCGGAGAUGCUUAGCUGUGCAAUUAGUCGCGAUGCGCCGUCUGACUCCACAACUUUCUCGAUGCAGAAUGCUCUGCAUCUCCACGGAGAUAUUGCCGUAGACCACCGCUACACUUCAUACAGAGUGCUCACAUGUGCAAACGGGUACGAUAACAACAUCCUCGAUGCAGAAGGUUCUGUACCCGCAGCGGUGUCGCAGAUCACCGCUGAACUUCAACCAACACGCGCAGAUGUGCGUCUGGCUUUCAAGUGCUGAUUACAGAGCAGACUUUGGAUACAGAGCGGUGAUGUUGCUGUAGAACACCGCUGCUCUUCAACCAAUGUACAGCUGUGCAAUUGGUCGCGAUGCUCCGGUUGGGACCCUGACUUCCUUGAUGCUGAAAGCUCUGUUUCGGGCGGAGAUGCUGCGAUAGAACACAGCCGUACUUAAACCCACGUGCUUAGGUGUGCAAUUAGUCGCGAAGCGCCCUCUGGGACUAUUAAAUCCCCGCGCAUCAUGCUUGCGCACCGCUGCAGCCAUGACACCCUCUACCUCUACGUAGAUGAUUAUGUAUUCGGGACAAAGAUGCAGCCGUAGAUCACCGCUACGAUUCAAAUCACGCGAGCAGGUAUGCGAAUGGUCUCCAAGAGCUGGUCAAGAGAUCUUCGACGCGGAAGGCUCUAUGUAUGAAUUUGAGACGCUGUUGUGGUAUAUUUCUGUAUUUCAACCCACGCGCAGGUGCGAGAGUGCGGGUCUGGCCUUGAACCGCCGGCGACGACCAAGACAAAACUUCCUCCCCGUUGAAGCUUCUUCUUCGAGCUUCGGUCUUUGAGCUUCUUUGGCAUCUCGGGGGGCAGAGAUGUGGUUGUAAGACAUUUGUAUGUGGAGGAGUUCAACAAACUGGGCCUCUAAUAACGUGCGCCAGAAAUUUUGAUAUAUGAGUUCACAAGAUUCUAGAAGCUCUGUGGCUCCGUUUAACUGAGAUUAUCUGGCUAGUCCGCAAGACAGUAGUUGGCGUGAUACAAAAUUGCACGAGGACAGAGUGAAGGAUGGUUAUAAGAAAAGCUUUUCGUGUUAGGCCGGUGCGCUUCAUGAAUGUAACAAUACGAUUGACUUUUCUGUUUAAACACUGCUAAACGAGGUGAUCGGUUGCAAAUAUAAUCUUGCUGCAAGGUUCGAUGGUUUAUUUCUAAAUUCAACGGUGUAGAGAAAUAUAAUCUCUUUUAAUCUUGCGUAUCAUAGCUUCCUCAAUCCUUUCCAACAAGAAGCAUAACAUUUGGCUUGCCUCUUCCUAACAUAUGACGGUUCCACGAUUUCAGACCCUUAAGGAUAGACAAGAGGGAAUCGAUUAUAUCGGUCUCUCGAUCACUAUGCUUUGUUUAAACAUUUCGAUUUGUUUAAAUACACUGUUUUUAUUAUUGCUGAGAAAAAUAACUAAAAUAUUCAUGUUUUACUUCUUACUAUCGAUGUUGUGUAUCAAUUUGUUAGUAUGGGGUCACGAACCACGAACAGAAGAAAAUGAAGAGAAAAGCAAUUUAAAUGGAUUUCCGAAAUUUAUGUCGUGAAUUUAUUUUUCAGUAUACAUUCUAAACCAGGCCUACAAUCCAUUUUGCAUUUGUGUUUACCUCGUGUACGACUCGAGGGCAAACUCAGGCAAGAAGUGCGGGAUUCUGGCAUUGCGGGAACUCCAAUCGCCAUUCAACAUUGAAAAUUCAAGCAGAAAGAGUAAGAGGAGUUAUCAUCGUUAACUGAACAUUAUCGGCUUGCGUUAUAAAAACUUUGAGGUUGGAUGUCAGCAAUGUGAAACGAGAACUUAAAAGUAGACAAUUAAUUGAACAGAAUUCAGUACUUUACGCAUGAAGAUUAAAUGUGGUCUAAAUAUAUAUUGGCAUGGGGUAUGUGUCUUAAUUUACUACAGCAAGAUCGCAUCAAAUGGGGUGCGCUGUAUUGUUAUAAUAGCUUAUUGCAUUAAAAAUAGAUGUAGGUAAAUAUUACAUUUAUGGUAAAUGAACGGAAAUUAUACUUAUAAAAUGGAUGUAACAAUGCUAAACGUAAUGUUUGCUCAUUUUGAAUUCUAUUGUUGGUUUUAUACAAACAAGGACAUAUAAAUUAUUGUCCCUUCACAAUGAACAAAACUCAUAAAGAAAACCAAAUUUAAUAUUUGUUUCCCCGUUAAAAAAUAGA